AACGUCAAUCCAGACACAGAAAUCUUUCGUAUGUGUAAGAACUUCUUUAACACCAAUUUGCAGAGGCUACCACAAGACGAGGUGGCCGAGUGGUUAAGGCGAUGGACUGCUAAUCCAUUGUGCUCUGCACGCGUGGGUUCGAAUCCCAUCCUCGUCGGAAUUUGUUGUUUACUCGCCCCUUGCAAUAUAUCCAGGAACUGUUUUUCCUCCCGUCCAAAAGACACAUAACCACGGACGCGACGGAACAAAAAAAAAUUGUAUGUGCAGAUAUUUGGUGGCAUUGUUACGCAAUCGUUAGCAGUGUUCAUGCGGGAGAGAGUUACACGGAGGUUGGAAAUACAGUAUGGUCAUGGAAGCCUGGUACAUGGACAACUCCAACGAAGACCAGAGAAAGCCGCACAAGCUCGUCCCGAAUCGGCCAGUUUCGUUGGAGGAGUUAAAACAUCUUGGGGUCUUUUACUGGAAGCUGAAUGCUGACAUCUAUGAAACAGACCCAGAACUGCAACUUAUCAGGAAAGAGCGAGGGUACUCCUACAUGGACAUCAUCACGAUUGAAAAGGACACGCUGCCAAAUUAUGAGGAAAAGCUCAAGAUGUUCUUUGAAGAACACUUGCAUUUGGACGAUGAGAUUCGCUACAUCCUUGAUGGCCAGGCCUACUUUGAUGUGAGAGACAAAGAGGACCGCUGGAUAAGAAUUGCCAUGACGAAGGGGGACCUUAUUACUCUGCCAGCUGGCAUCUACCACCGCUUCACCUUGGAUGAGUCGAAUUACACGAAGGCCAUGAGGCUGUUUGUCGGGGAGCCUGUGUGGAAAGCCUACAACAGGCCAGCAGAUGACUAUGAGAUACGCAAGAAAUAUGUGGUUUCGCUACAGGAAUCGUGAAAUUGUGCAGUUAUAAGACUGCCCAGGCUGUCACCAUAUAACCACAUUUUAGACAAAAUCAGUACGUCUGACUCGAAUGUGGUUCAGAUUACACAUUUCCAGUGCAAUAAAUUGCAAGCAUCGUAUGGUA